CUACUAGUAACUUACUACUGGUAUAUUUGGGCAUUUGGGAAACAAACGUGUUCGCACUGCGGCGAAUUUUGCAGGAUAUUCGUGAUAUUUAACUUUGUUCAAUAUAUUAUUGUGAAAGUUCGAAGUUUAAAAACGAAUAUCUUAUGUAAUUUUAUUACAAUAACAUACUAGCGUUCAAGUUUAAUCAGACAUGACUAAAUGUUUGUUGUCAGUGAAGCAUUUAAAAACAUUCAGUGUUUUGAAGCAUAGUACCAAUGCUCUUGUAGCCAUUGAGAAUGAUGAAAUAAAACCUUGUGUUUAUAAUCGAAAUCCACGUAACUUAGAAAGGAUGAGAAUAGCAUAUAAACCAAGUGGAUUCCACUUAGAAGCACCGGGACGGGAAUUUUGGCACAAGAUAGACGUUAAACAAAAUAACAGGUACGUUACAGCCAGCGUGAUACAUUGGACUGGUCCAAAGGUUAUUGAAGCAUCAACCAAAGAAUGGGCCAUUAAAAAAUAUUUAUACAGAUGUACAGAUGCAGCUGCGUAUAGAAAUCUCGCCAAAGUUUUUGCCCAGCGAUGUCUUGAAAGUGGCAUUUCAAAUGUGUACUGUAACAUAGAUGCUCCGCCAGAAGGGAAGGUUGCAGUAUUCUUGUCUGAAGUGGAAAAAGCAGGACUUUCUCUCACAGAGCCAACAAGAUUUCUUCCUUGGAGACCAUGGGAUAGACAUCGUCCAGAGAAGCCUUGGGAAGUCUUAGAAUGAAAGUUUAUAUGGAGAUUUGUAUUAAAACUUUUAGGCAUAACAUGUUAAUAUGACAAUAUAUUUCAAUGUAUAAAAAUUGAACCUAUCUCAUUAAACAUUUUGGAAUAUUUGAAUUUAAUGUUAUUUCUCAUAGAAAUUAUUUUUGGAUGUGUAGGUGCAUAAAAACAAUUUAAGAAGUGGAGUUCCUGAAUGAAAAGUAGAAUUAACUUCAUUUUUAUUAAAGAAAAUUGAGAGCAGAUAUUAAAAAAAUUCCCCACUAGUUUGUAUUUGAAUGGAUUGCAAAACACGUCAUGUCUUAUUGCAUUCAUUUGUCCACAAGUAUUGGAAGCACAAGAGUGCCUAUUUCAAAAACUCAACCACUGAACAGUCUUCAAAUUCUCAUUAACAUUAAACAACACGCCUAACUUCAAAAAAUCUUUUCAGAUAAUGCACUUGACCCAUUAUCAUAGCAACCAACACCAGAGCUUCAAAGAAUGACCACAUAACUACUCUUGAGUUGGUGCUUUCAUUGAUGCUGCGAUGAAUACGAUCUCUGACUUGCAUAUACUCUUGUUCAUGUUUUACACCAGUCAAUGUUGUUGACAAUUCCUUAAUCAUGUCUUGCAGCUUAUUGUGAUCAUCUUGCCCUGUAGCCCCUGCCUGAGCAGCAUCUUGAUCCUUACUGGGGGCUUCUCCUAUGUCCAUAUUGAACAUCACAACUUUAGGAGUCAUAGUAGACAUUUUAUUACUGAAACAAUAUGUGUAGACACCCCCCAUGUGUGCUGCAAAAGUGUAUUUUCCACUAGUUUCACGUUCUCCUUGAUAAAUUACUUUACCAUCUGGUCCAAUAAUUUUGACAUCUAUGUCCAAAAAACCACCUUCAGCAAUUUCAAACAUCAAUCCCAUUUUUGUGCCAGUUUCCACUUUGUCAAAAAAACACUCUUCAGCAUGAGCAUCGACGGUUAUAAAGUAAGAAUUUACAUUUGCAGUGGUGAUAGACAAUAAUACUAAUAAGUAUGAAAUGACUGAAUUCAUUUUGAUGAGUAUAUAACGUUGCCGCUGAUUUCAGAACUUAACCAAACGCCACGUCCGUAAUCUCGGAAUAGUGCCAAGUAAGAUUAAUUGAAACUGUACCUAAUUAUACUUAUGCUAAAUAGCGGUUAAACCUGACAUUUGGUGUGGCUAAUUUUAUCAACAUUCGAUCAUGUAAGUCGAUUAAUGACAAUCGAGAUAUUUUAAGUUUAUAAUUUGACCAAUAGAUGGCAGAAAGUGAUGAGUUAAAUAAUUCCAAUUUCUGGAAAAUUUAAAAUGAACAUUAUCCGAAAAAGAAAAUCAAGAAAACAUUUUUUUUAAAUCAAAAGAAUUAACUUUAGUGUAGUAUCCCCAAACAGGUAGAAUUUCCCUUUGUACAAGAAUUCUGGCGGCUAGUUCCCUAGUCUGCACAUUUAGGACAGUUCGAAGUUUGGGAAAAUUAGAUAAUAUUUUUCAUUGUUUCUUGCACAGAUGGACUUGCUUUCUCAGUCGCAUGUGAUGUGUUAUUUGAAAUGGCAUUGGAGAUUUAGCUGUGUGACGUAAGUGGCGGAAGGACACAAGUUGAGGGUGCAUUUCUUAUUGACGAACUAUUUUCAGUGUUGGCGGGCGCGGCCAUCUUAGUUAUCCGUGUAAUAGUGGUCGUCUUGUGCAUUGCGUGUGAAAUCCGAGUUCAUCCGUCAUGUCGGAAAGAGAAGAUAACGUUUAUAAGGCCAAAUUGGCUGAACAAGCCGAGAGAUAUGAUGAAAUGGUUGAUGCAAUGAAAAAAGUCGCUUCACUUGAUGUGGAGUUGACAGUGGAAGAACGCAACCUCUUAUCCGUGGCCUACAAGAAUGUGAUAGGUGCACGCCGUGCUAGCUGGAGAAUAAUAUCAUCCAUAGAGCAAAAAGAAGAAAAUAAGGGUGCUGAAGAGAAGCUGGAAAUGAUUCGAACAUAUAGGUCACAGGUGGAAAAAGAGCUUCGGGACAUUUGCUCUGAUAUUCUUGGGGUUUUAGAUAAACACCUUAUUCCCUGUGCCUCCACUGGCGAGUCUAAAGUCUUCUAUUACAAAAUGAAAGGAGAUUACCAUAGAUACUUGGCAGAGUUUGCCACUGGCAAUGACAGAAAAGAAGCUGCAGAGAAUUCAUUGGUUGCUUAUAAGGCAGCCAGUGACAUUGCAAUGACUGAACUUCCUCCUACCCACCCCAUUAGGCUUGGUUUGGCCCUAAAUUUCUCAGUGUUCUACUAUGAGAUAUUGAACUCUCCGGAUCGAGCUUGCAGACUUGCUAAGGCAGCAUUUGAUGAUGCCAUAGCUGAACUUGAUACACUAAGUGAAGAGAGCUACAAAGAUUCAACUCUCAUCAUGCAGCUCCUGAGAGAUAAUCUAACUCUGUGGACUUCAGAUAUGCAGGGUGAUGGUGAGACUGAACAGAAGGAGCAACUGCAGGAUGUAGAAGAUCAGGACGUAUCGUAACUGCUGUCUCAAAAGGGGGAAGUCAUAAGGAAUUUGCUGCUACCUAAAAGUCGUAUAAAGUUAAAAUUAAAAAAUAAGGGAGGAAGAAGGAAUUUUAAAUAUGCAAACAACGUAAAACUCUUGAAACAAAACCAAAACAUCCUGAUCUUUACUUUUUUCUGUGGUGGCAAAGCCAAUGGAAUGCUGAAUGCUAUCCAGUUCUUGGCUGCUCAUGUGAACUUGGACACAAAGAAAAAUCCUUAAUAUGAUGGAAUGAGCUACUCCUGUACUGCUGUACCCUGUGGGGGGAAGGGAUGCUAGAGGGUGGGGUGAGAUUGCAGCCGAUGAGCUUGUUCCAGAUUGGUUGCCAACAUAAAAACAAUGUAAUUUUUGUUAAAUGUGAAGAUAACAAUUGAAUUUGUUCUAGAUGGUAAUAUUGCAUGGUUUCUGUAUUCUGCAGUAUUAUGUAGGUUAUUGCAAUAUACAGAUUUUUUAAACUAAGAAGGUGGAAUUCGUUGUUCUAAUAUGGUUAAAGAGCAUUCUUUAUUAUGCUAAACUGUUCCACUUUCUUAGGAGAGGUCAAAAUUGUGUGUUUAGAAGUUUGUUGGUUUGAUACUCGACUUGAUGUAAUUUAAUUCUAGUUCGUUAAUCAUUCCAAGGAAAUGUGCAUUUUGUUUUUUAAUUUUAUUUUUUUAACUGUAUUAAUGUGAAGUAUUAAGAGAUAUAGCUUGGUAUUUUGUUUUUUGGAUGAUGCUUUCUACCAUACCUCUCCCCCUCAGUCAAGUAGAAGAGACUAAAUCCAACCUUUUCAUUGGUACUUAAGAAACAACUCCUCAUCUUGGGGCCAUACCAUGAAUAGAAGUGCUGGCAUUUAUUUGUAGAGUCUUAAUUUGAAUCUUGGCUCUCUUGCUGUUGACAGCAUUGUACUUCCUGCGCUUUCACCCUGAAAGGUGUGUGGGAUCAACCUCCCCCCCUGCUAAGUGUAACUUUUUUAAUGACAGUAUCAAAACUUGAUGUGAAAAUUGUACUUUAUAGCAAUACCAAAAUGAAUGAAACAGCUUAUAAAAAUGUUUAAUUUGUGACACCUUUCCCUUUCAAAUACAUUUGUGUGAUUUUUUGAUUUGCUAUAUAGUAAUGCUGUGACAGUCUUUUUUUUUUUAUAGUCAACUUAACAUGGUUUUUGCAAAUAUAAAGACUGGAUUAAACAUCACAUGCAUAUUCAUGCUCCUGCUAGGGGGAAAAAAAUCUUUAAUGUAAUGGUUGCAUGAAUCUGUCAAAUGCACACUGAAAAUUGUUCUGUGGACUUGGCACAUAAACAUACUGAAAUGGUUUAAGAUAAGCUUUCACACUUCAAAAUUGAACUUGCAAGUGUGUGGGAGCCCUGGUGUAAUCUGCUCUGAUACUGCCAAAAAUAGUGCAAUUUGUAGUACAUGAAAUGCUGCAUCUAAUUUGUUGGCUUUGGUGCUGUAAACAUUACUAUGCUAUUUAUAAAAGGGAAUUGUUUUUAAUCUCUUCAUAAUGUUAAGUGACUAUUUUAUCAGUGCGUUUGCAAAAGCAUUCUAAACACGUCAACUUGUAAGUGGAAUAUAAAGGGCUAUUAAUUUACAACACAUCACAACAUAAUUUCUGCAUCUACAUGGCUGUGUUGAAAAACGCUAAUUAAAAAAGAAACUUGUAAUCCUAGUAGGCACAGCAGUUGAAAAACUGCUUGAUUUGUAUGCAAGCUUUGUUUUCUGGUCUUUGUACUUUUUUUUUUGUUGUUGUGCUUCUGCAAAUUAUUUUUGCUUAAUCUCUCCUCCCCUACAAAAACUGUGUUCCUUUGCAGGAUUAAUAUUGAGUGUCAAGAAUGGACACUUUCCAUGAAACUAAAAAACAGUGAAUAGCUUAUUUUUCAUACUUCAUAGUUGUAGAUUCACUGAUUCUCAACUUUAAUUACAUAACUACUAUCAAAAUAAAAGUCAAGAAAUAGACUGAUCAAUUUAUCCUAAAUUGUUGUGAACUCUGUAUUAUUUUAAGUGUGCAGGAAUUGAAAUGUGAUUAGGACCUUUUAGUAUAAUAAAUAAAUUUGAAAUAUUAGUUGAGAAUCAUUGACUAGACUCACAUCCUCAUUAAGUUGCAUUUUCCCCGGUGCUUGAAGUGGGGUAUUUAUAUGUUAUGAGUGAGCCUUGAAAUAAAAAUCCCAUGAAAUUGAAUUGUGAAUUUUUCAUAAAGAAAUGAGAAACAUGAUAAAAAGUCAAAUGUGUAUUAUAUAAAUCCAACGCCAUUGUGUUUUGAAAAACAUUGUGGUACUAGGAAUAAUUUAAUAAAUGUUAAUUGUCACAGAGAUUUAUUGUUAUAAUACCUCUUCCAAAUGAAAGUGAAAGCAGCUGAAUUGUACUAUGAUUUUAGUGCCAAACGUGAGGAAGAUUAUAACAGUUGAACUGAUGUGCAUUUUAAAUAUUCUUUAGUGCAUUUAUGUAUCAAAUAAUUUUUUCAUAAAAGUGUUAUGUAUCUGAACUGGAGACAACCAAAUUUUGAGACUCCUCUAUUUAGUUAAAUUGAAACCACGUUUGAUUGGGACAAUCCAUUCACUUCAUGUGGGGGAAGGUGAUUUUUGUAUUUCUAUGGAAAGUAAACCUUCCUCACCCUCUGCUGCUAAAUUAGUUUUGCAAUAGGAUUGGUAUGCACACUGUUACUUGUAUUUGACCUUGAAACUCCCUAAAACUUUUCAGUCAGGCCUUUUUUUUUCACCUGGGAAUUUUAAAUUGAUUGGAGGAUUAUAUUUAGAAUUUUUCAACCUUUACAUUAUUGUGUCAAACUUCACAAAUUUGUAUGUGUUUAAAGGCAUCGAAAAUAAAAAAAACUUGGCAUCAGUUUUAGUUACAGUACUAAUAGCCACAUGCUUCUUUAAUAGUAUUGUUCAAAGUGCAUUGGUUGCAUAUGAGGUUUAAUUUUACUAAUGAUAGAAUUUUGUAUUCUUCAAAACGGAAAGUGUCUAACUUAAUUCUCGCAAAUUUAAUUAGAUUUGUCAAUUCAAAAUAAUUUUUUGAAUAUCACAUGGUGUAUUUCAAAGUGUAUUUGCUGAUUGCACUAAUGCUAAGAGCAUUUGCAUUGCCUGUGAAACAUGUCACUUAAAAUUCUCAGCAAAUGAAUGCAACCCAUUAAUCUCAGAUGUAGAAUAUCGUUUAAUUUCAGACAUGACAUUGACUAGUUCAUUUUGUUACAAGCAAGUUAACAAUGGCUACAUUGCGUACAAGAAUGUUCCUUGUAGUGAUCUUACAAAUCAUUAGUUUAAUCUUAUUUAAAAAUGUUUUUAUGUAUCAGGCAAAGUGACAUGCUGAAUAAAACAUUAAUUUUAG